GAAGUAGAUUUGCUUAUGGACGUGGCAUUUAUUCAACACCUGAUAUAUAUAUCGCUGAACAAUAUGCGACAGAAUUUGAGUUUGAAGGAAAUAGAUAUGUGCUGCUAUUUCAGAACAGAGUAAAUCCUGCUAGUUUAAAAAGAAUUCCUGUUGGAAAUGACGAGUAUUGGGUCUCUGAAAAAGGUGAAGAUGUCAGACCAUAUGGAAUUUGUAUUAAAAGAAA